AAAUAUUUAGCUGGGUCCGUCGACAAGGGCAGCUAAUUAAUAAUGUGUCCAACUAAUCUAAUUCGGUUAACAUAAGAAUAAAAUGGGUAAAGAACGUCAACAUGACAAUGAGAGGGGCAAACACCGAAUCCAACGCAAGAUCAGAGCUCUGACUUUUAUUUCCACGUAAGAGGCCCCACGCACACACUCUCUUUAUAUCGUCACCUCUCCAGUUCCAUUUCUUCCAUGCCGACGGGAGUCAGAUGGGUGGGUUUAGGUUAUCAGAACUGAUGCCAAACGCGUGGUUUUACAGGCUCCGAUAUUUGGGGAGGUCCGCGAAAAACCCAGCCUCCACCACCAAACAGCACGCUGUCCCUCCCUCCCCUCCCAAAACAGCACGCAGCCCUCUACCCCACCACCCCAGGAGGUCUUACUACUACUCCAGGCCACCCCUCUCCGACAAAACGGCCAGCAGUUCUCCUUCCCACUCCCCGAGAAAAUCAGCUACCCAACGCCUCCGCCGCCGAAGCACGGCUGAGGCCAGAUACUCGCCAAAGCGCGUUAGCUCCGCCGUCUCCUCCGGAUGCGCCUCCAGUGUCAAGGCCUGGUCGGGCCCAGAGUUCUCCACCACAUCCGCUGACAGCUCCCUCACCGGCUGCUCUUUCUCGCCGGAGCUCCGGUCCGAUCACGUUCUUCUCGCCGACGAAAAAAGCGGCUCCUGGCCCAGCCCUUGCAUCUGUGCCUCCAAAGUGGCGGCGCCCAGGUUGCCGGAGCUCGACCUCAGUCCGAUCGUAACGAAACCAACGGCGGCAGGGAAGAGACCCAGCAAGACCUCCAGGCGGAAAACGGCAGUGGCGGGGGUGAGGGUGAGGUUGAGCUCGCCAAGGGUGUCGGUGAGGGAGUGGCGGCGGAGCACGGCGGUGGUGAAGGCGUCGGUGGAUCCGGUGAGGGAUUUCAAGGAUUCGAUGGUGGAGAUGAUCAUGGAGAACAACAUCACGACUUCCAAGGAUCUGGAAGAGCUUCUCGCUUGCUAUCUCAGUCUGAAUUCUGAUGAGUAUCACCAUAUUAUCAUCGCCGUCUUCAAGCAAAUCUGGCUUGAUCUCAACUCCUCUUCCUGAUAUUAUACGUAUUAGCUACGCACCCAUACUCAUUUGGUUCCAUUUUCCUUCUUACUUCAUUAUCUUGUUUGCUAUGUACAUAAAAUAAUUCUACAAACACUAUUUAUAUGCAAAUGUAAUCCUUAGUAUACCCAACAACAUUUUAAUAAUUCAAUUCAUUUUGAAAAAACCA